GCUUGAUAUUAUCGCCGAGGUAUCUUUUUGUAUUUUUCUGCCGGGGAUGGGCCAGAUUGAGAAGGGCGGUACGAGGGUGAGACUUGGCGUUGGUGUUUUGGAACAUCAAAGAUGGACAGGGUUUUCGCGGAGGUCGCUCCUCGGAUAUCUCCACAACUACAGGUCGGGGGUCUUCCAAAAUCGAGAAGAUUGGUGCAUAUGGCUAGGUCACUUCACCUUACAAUUUGUAUGGCACUCUGGCCCGGGGUUGUGGUGUGGUAGGGGAGAACGGGGGAUAAUCCCACACAGGAGCUUCGAACAACGUCCGGUUCACGUUUGGCUGGAUAACUCCACCACCACACGGGGUAUGCGGUCGGCGAUGGGGUCAAAAUGCUCGUAUGAUCGAGGGCUUUUCGAUGGAUCUAUCGGCGGGUUCUUAUUCGAAAAAUCGAGCGAGUUCGUGGUGGAGCGGUUGCUGACUGAAAGACAGUUAAAUAAAGCAUAA